AUGGAUAUAAAUACUAUAAUAAAUAAUAAAGAUUUUAAUCAACUAAAACUUUUAUUACUAAAUGACUUUAGUUUAUAUAAAAAAAUAUCACCAAAAUCUUUUAAAAUAUUAUUUGAUAUUAAAAAUAACAAUGAUAAAUCCAAAGAACUAUACCACAUAACAAUAAAAAUUUUAAGCAUAACCUUAAAAGAGAAUUGUAUCCACCUAUUGUUCCCUCAAGAAAAGAUUUUAAUUUUUAAUGAAUUAUUUGAUUUUAUUACAAAUGAAUCAUAUAUAAUCGAUCUUAGAGUAUAUUGUUUACAAAUAAUACCAAUGAUUUUCAAAAAAAAAAAAGAAUAUAUUGGUUUGGUAAAAGAUAUAAUAUACACAUGCUUUAAAAAUGAAAAUGGGAAACCAAUAAGAACCAAUAUUAUCAAUUUAAUAUUAAAUAAAGAUAAUUUUUUAGUUAAUGAGCAUGGAUAUUAUAAUCCGAAUUGGGACAGUUUUUAUUUUCUAGAUUUUUUUUUAUCAAGUGUUUUGAAGGAAUAUUUUUUAAAUUUAAGUGAAGAUGAUCAGGAUAAUGGGGAAUAUGAUACACUAGUAGAAUAUUUAAAUAAAAUAUUAGAGUAUUUAAUAAAACUAUAUAAAGGAAACAAAAGUGAAAUAAUAGAUAGUAACAGUUAUUUAAAUUCAAUUAAAAGCAUUUUAAAUUUUAUUGUUUUUUUAAAAACUUCAAAGAGAAUCGAUAAUAUUAAAAAAAACAUUAUAGAAUUAUUAUCAACAAUAGUCAGAGAAUCUGAUGAAAUCUCAGAUAUUUAUAUUCUCAAUAUUUUUAUGGAUUUCAAAAGAAUAUUGGGAAAUGAUUUAAACACUUUUUUCGAAGAACACUAUUUAAUAUUAAAAGAGCAAAAAAUGAAAACAUCUUCAACAGAAUCGCCAAUAAUAAUAAUUUAUUUAGGUUUUUUUAAAAAUAAAGGUCCAUAUUACUUUUUAAGAGAUUUAUAUUAUAAUUUUAUAGAAGAAUUUUUAGAAAUAUUUCUUUCAAAAGAUGACUUUAAAAAUAUCCACUUUAUAAUAGAAAUAGUAUCACCACUACCAUCAAAAGAAAUAGCACAAAAAUAUUUUUUAUUAUUGUUAGAUUUAGUUAACAAAAAAGAAAAAAUAUUAAAUAUAGAUUAUUUCAAAUGUUUAAAUAUAUUUUUGGAUAAUAAUAAACUUCAGCUAGAUAAAUCAAUAUUAAAUGAUCAUCAAUUUCAAUUAAAUAUCUUAAAGAGAAUGGACUAUUUUUUAGAAGAAAAAAAUGAUGAACUUUGUGAAAUUAUUUCUAAAAAAUUAGGAGAAUAUAUGCCAGUUUUACAUUACAAAUAUAUCAGCCUUGUAAUCAUAGAUAAACCACCCAUAAACUCUUCUAGUAAAAACUAUGAUUUAUUUUUACACCCAAUUGUAAAUAUAUUAGAAAAUGACUAUGACUAUUUCAACGAAUUUUUAACCCACAAACAGUGCCACAGUUUUAUUUCAAAUUUAAAAAAAGUUUUAUUUUUGAGUUCCUGUUCUGUAAAAUUAAUAAAUUUAUUUUUUGCAUCCCAACUGUGCAAAAACAAAAGUAUAUUAAGUACCGAAAAAAAAUCAUUAGCAACAACAUAUAUAGAAAGUUUUCAAAAAGAUUUUGAAAGACACUUCAAUUCACUCAUCCUAAUAAACAAACCAAUGAAUAGAGAAUUUAUAGUGGGUUUUUUAACAUUAACAUUUUUAAUAUACAAUUUAAUAAAAAUAAUACCAGAAAAUAAUCUCAGCUUACCAUAUGUUAAAGAAAUCACCCAAAUACUUUCACCAUUUCAAA